CGUGGGAGACUGACUGUGGGAGACUGACUGUGGGAGACUGACUGUGGGUGAGAGGCUGUGGGUGAGAGACCGUGGGAGAGAUACUGUGGGAGACUGUGAGAGAGAGACCUGGGAGAGAGGCCGUGGCCUAGAAGACCCGAAGCUUUGUGUGGAGCAAUAGACCAAGGAAACUUCCGCACAGCGUUACACAGCCGAUGGUAAAAAUAAUGCCGCUCGACUGAUUCGGAGUGAGACCACUGCCCAGUGCCGAACACGAGGACACGAUGAGCGCCAGCGCGGAAGCAGAGGGGACAAGGAUCUGCUGCCCGGUGUGCAACUGGGUGGUGGUCAGCCCGCAGGCCCUGGAGGACCACUUGAAGCGGCACGGAGGGCGCACCGAGCCCAUCUUGUACCAGUGCACCCUGUGCCCGUACAGGACCGACAAGCCCUUCGUCCUCAUCAGCCACCAGAAGACGCACGUCGGCGAGAAGCCCUACAAGUGCCGCACGUGCGGGGAGGCCUUCGCCGAGCCGGAGGACUUCCGCGUCCACCAGCGCCUCCACGUGGAGGAGAGGCCCCACCGGUGCCCCGUGUGCAGAAAGGGGUUCGCCCAGCCGGACGCUCUCCGGUCGCACCAGAGGGUGCACGCGGGCGAGAAGCCGUACCGCUGCGACGUGUGCGGGAUGGGCUUCACCCGCGUCGACCACUUCCGCGGCCACCAGAUGAUCCACACGGGCGAGAACGCCUACCAGUGCUCCGUGUGCGGCGCCACCUUCGGCCGCGCCGAGCACCUGCGCAGCCACAACAGGACGCACACGGGCGAGCGGCCGUACGCGUGCGCCGAGUGCGGCAAGGCGUUCGCCAACUCGGGCACGCUGUCGGCGCACCGGCGGACGCACACGGGCGAGCGGCCGUACGCGUGCGGUGAGUGCGGCAAGGCGUUCGCGCAGUCGGGUGGACUCCUGGCUCACCGGGAGACCCACGCCAGGGCGAGGGCCCGCGCGUGCACCACCUGCGGGAGGGCAGCGCCAGGGCGCUCCGCGCUGGCCAGGCGCAGGGGCGGGAAGGGGCGCCGGAGUUGCUUGGCCUGUGGGAGGACGAUCGCCCGAGGGGCGGCGAAGGCGGAGGCGGCGGUGGCAGCUGGGAUUCGGGGAGGACAAGCGGCCGUUGCCGGUGACGCGAACGACGGCGGUGGCGGUGACGACGGCGGUGGCGGUGACGACGGCGGAGACGGUGACGGCGGAGACGGUGACGGCGGAGACGGUGACGACGGCGGAGGCGGUGAAGAUGGCGGCGGCAGCGACAACGGCAACGGUGACGGCGGCGGCGGUGAUGGCGGCGGCGGUGAUGGCGGCGGUAGCGGUGACGGCAGUGACGGCAGUGACGACUAUGAUGGCGGCGGCGGAUGUCAGCCGGUGGCCCCUUCCGCGUCGGAGCGGGGACGCGGCGACACUGCCGGUCACGAUACAUGGCCAGGCAUGCCUGCGGAUGGAGAUGGAGGGGAUCCUUCCCUACGCCCAUCAGUGGCGCAGCGGGGCAGCUGA